AGAGUUAUCGCUUACCCAUGCAACGAUUGGUCGAGGAAAGAAAAGAAAAAAGAAAAAAUCAAAGGAAACGAUAAGGAAAAUGGCGGGUACUCUGUCUUCUUCAACUCUCCAUUGCCAAACUUAUCUAGUUUUCACUUCCCAGAAUCCAUUGAGAACCCUGAAUUCUUCUUUCCUCAUAAACAUCGAGAAGCGAGCUCUUAUCCGUUGCUCCGCCAAGAAGAAAAUUGGAUUCGUGGAUCAAAUUCUCGAUUAUAUUGAAGGGGGUCCUAAGUUAAGAAAAUGGUAUGGGGCACCUGAACUACUACCAAAAGAUGGACCGAUCGUGGAAGAUCAGGAGGAGGAGGAUUAUCCAGAAGAUGAAGUCAGGGAUGCAGUUUUAGUAACAGAUGGGGAUAGUGAAAUUGGACAGAUGGUGAUAUUGUCAUUGAUUGUUAAACGAGCUAGAGUAAAGGCAUUAGUGAAGGAUAAACGCUCAGCUAAUGAAGCUUUUGGAACUUAUGUUGAAUCAAUAUCUGGAGAGACAAGUAACAAGGUAUUUGUAAAGAAAGCUCUUCGUGGAGUUCGUGCAAUCAUAUGCCCAAAUGAAGGUUUUUUAUCAAGUAUUGAGAGCUUUAAAGGUGUUGAACAUAUAGUUCUCUUGUCUCAGUUGUUUGUUUAUAGAGCAAGCAGUGGUAUUCAGGCUAUUAUGAAAAACAAUCAAAGAAAGAUAGCUGAGAAGGAUGAAUCAGUACUGAUGGCUUCAGGAAUUCCAUACACCAUAGUUAGAGCAGGAAUGUUGCAAAAAACUCCUGGAGGAACUCAAGGUUUCAGUUUUGAAGAGUUAACUAGAAUUGAGCAACAUAUACAGGCAGCAGUAGUUAGUGAAUCAAAAAGCAUGGCCAGAAUGGCCAUUUGUUUUAGUAACUCAGCCUAUUUUCUUUUUGGCUUGUUCCUGGAAGAGGGCAAUCCUGAGAAACUUAAGACAAUGCUUAUGGAACUCUAGAAAUUGAGACAAUUCAAGGUCGAUAUUAUAGUAUCUGGAUUCAUAUCUUAUUGCUUAGCAACAACAAAAAAGAAACUUUAAAGGUUUCUCAGAUGCCUUUUACAAUCACUCAAUGAAGCUUGGUUCUCGAGACAAAUUCAAUGUCAAUACUAUGUUAUCUGGAUUCAUGCCUUAUUACUGACCUACAGAAAGAAGAGAACUUUAAAGGUUUCUCAGAUUCUCUUUCCAAUCACUCAAUGAAGCUUGGUUCUUGAUUCUUUGACUUCUAGAAACCAGAAUAGAUAUGUUUGUCGAAUUUGAGAACACGAGAAAACAGUUCCUACUAACGCCACCAUUAACAGGGCUGUUCAGCAAGUGGAAGCCUCAGCAUGGAGGAUGCUGCCUCUCUAUGUGUGGAAGCACUUGAAGUAGUUCCACAAGCAAGAUUCACAUUUGAGGUCUGUGAAUAAUCAUGUCUGCAUCUAUAAGUGGAAAAAGAAAAAGAACCCCUACAAUAUCUAAUUAUUACUGCAACUUUCUAGUCAAAAGUUCAAGGCCACUCUGCCAUUUUUCAUUCUUUUAUUCCUGGAUUAAAAGAUAAGACUAGUUUAUCUAUCUUGGUAUCCUGUAGCGAUUAGUGGUGUCAAAUUUAUCUUUUGACAUUCUUCGGCAAGCUGCUCUUUUCAAAUGCAUGUAUAGGAUAUAGGUACACGUGUCUGAUACGGAUAUUAUCAACUUAUUCCUUACAUUUAGAAGAUCAUACUCAUACCCGUAUCCAUAUAUGUGCCCGACACAUGCUGGGAUACAAACUUUGUUUAAGAAAAGAUGAAGGUAACACAGACUUUUUAGUUUAAAGUCACUUAAAAACAAAACAAACAAAAAGAUUUACUCUUUGGAAUAAAUAUAGUCAUCAACAACAUGAUGUCUGAAGUGACAUGGGAACAAAGAGUGUCUGGACAAAGUGAAGUGGAACCGUUCAAAAGGCAAUGUAAGAAAAGCAAUGGAACAAUAAGUAAUUGUUUACACAAAAACAUUUCAAUUUCAAACCACCUUUUCUUUUUCUAUUUAUUUUCUGUUUGCCAUUCGUCUUAUAUUCCUUUCCAUUUAAGUUAUUGAUAACUACUACAACUUUGUUUGUGUGAACCAUAGGUUGUCAAUGGAGGAGAGAAAGUUUCAGAUUGGAAAGAGUGUCUAACUAGAUUGAUAGGAAAAACGGAGCAGUAGCUGCCAUGACAGUGGCACCAUAUCCAAGCAAAACACAAAGACAAAAGUGCACCCAUUUGUUUCUUUUUCUCCCAUCAUGCGUUCAAUUAUUUGGUCAUAUUAAAAUAUGUUUGCCUGCAUCUGAACUGAAAAUGUUUCUAUAAAGUUUGGUCUUCUGGGCAAACUGAAAGAUUUCAACUACAACAGCUAUGUUGAAUUUCAUGACAGGUUCAUGUUCAACAUCAUGCUAUAUAGAUAUUACUUCUAUCUUAAGAUUUAAAUGAAAGUUCACUUCUUUUAUUGACAUUCUA